GCGGGCACGGCCCUCUCUGUGCCGCGGCCGCCAUUCCGCGAGCAGCGCGGGCACUCCGCGCCCCGGCCCCGCACCAUGCAGAUCUUCGUCAAAACCCUCACCGGCAAAACCAUCACCCUCGAGGUUGAGCCUUCUGAUACUAUAGAAAAUGUGAAAGCGAAGAUCCAGGAUAAGGAGGGCAUCCCUCCGGACCAGCAGCGGCUGAUCUUUGCGGGGAAGCAGCUGGAAGAUGGACGCACACUGUCCGACUACAACAUUCAGAAAGAAUCAACCCUUCACCUGGUGCUGAGACUUCGGGGUGGUGCCAAGAAAAGAAAGAAGAAGUCUUACACCACCCCCAAGAAGAACAAGCAUAAGAGAAAGAAGGUUAAGCUUGCAGUGCUCAAGUACUACAAGGUGGACGAGAACGGCAAGAUCAGCCGGCUGCGCCGGGAGUGCCCAUCGGAGGAGUGCGGGGCUGGAGUCUUCAUGGCCAGUCACUUCGACAGGCACUACUGCGGCAAGUGCUGCCUGACCUACUGCUUCAACAAGCCAGAGGACAAGUAAAUGUGCCACCCAAUAAAGAGUGAACUUCCCUACGGU